AUGCAGCAAAAAAACCCGAAAAUUUUUGUUCGUGACGUUGCUGAACACUCACACCGAGACCAAGAAGCAGUAUCAUUCAUUGAAAUAACAAGUGGUAAAAAUACACCUAAUACAAAUGCAAGCACGGCUCUGGACCGUGAUCGUGGAAACGUGGAAAAGGUUAACGACGUUUUCAAAGUACCAGAACCGUUGUUGGAAGGAAAUACCGCAUGUCCUAAAAUCGCAAAAGAGCCUGGAUUCCGCGACAUUAUCGAAGGAGCUGUGGUGUACUCGGUUUGGUUUGACGAUCGAAAAUCUCAGCAUUUUAUACGAAUUUUGAUGCUGACCUCGAAAUGGAAUCUACCCUCUAUAACUUGUUUUUUCAAAAGCGUAUUAAAACAAGAAACUUUUACUAGUAAAGCUUGGUUCUAUGAGCAUAACGAAAAUCAUGCCAACAGGCGCUUUGGAGCCUUUGUGGCUUCUUGUCCUGUUCCGCAAACUCUGAACAGCAAACCUUGCUUAGUGAAUAUCUCGGCAACAAUAAAGUCUACUGAAAGAAAAUUGAGUAACACGAAGGUCUUCCCAGUUCGUUAUAUUGGCCGACAAAGUGGAGACGAGAAGAGUAGAGUCCGAAGCAAAUACGGCAUUUGUAUCCCUCCAGUCCACGGCGAUGUCUCCGUUGAAAGAAUAAUCGAAUUUCUAGAACUCGGGCAGAUUUUGGGGGCUUCGCAUUUUACAUUUUACGACUUUGCAAUGUCUGAGAAAGUACGAAAUGUCUUGAAAUAUUAUCAAGAUAUCGGCGUAGUGAGUGUUUUUCGGUGGAAUUUACCUUCUUACACUAAAGACCAAGUGCACUAUUUUGCUCAACCGUUGGCUGUAUGGGAGUGUUUGUUCCGCUCCAUGAGACAUCUCGACUUUGUUGCGUUUCAUGACUUGGAUGAGUUCAUAGUACCCCUUCGCCAUGAGAACAUAAGCGCAAUGUUAGAGUACAUUCAUAAGGAAAAGCACUGCGGACAUUGCUUUGAAAGCGUCCUUUUUGAUCCUUCAAAGGAUCAAAACGGCUCGCAUUUAAUGACGCAGCGAGAUUUUCACCGAACAAGUAAGGUAACUCCAUAUUACACCAAGUGCAUCGUAGAUCCGCGGAGAAUUUUUGAGCAAGGAAUUCAUCACAUAAGCAAACCCAACGAGGAGUUUUACCACGCUGACAAAGCAAACUGGAAUAUAGCUCGUGUUUUUCAUUACAGAAAAUGUAAAAUUCCCGGUGCCCAGUAUAAUCCGGGUUGUUCUGCUUUCAUAGUCGACAAAACUAUGCAGAAAUUUGGCGAUAAACUGUUAACCAAUUUUAAACUUAGAAUGAAGGCAGUAGUGAGCGCCAAACAGCAAAAUGCGUAA